AUGACCGCUUCGACUCCCAUGCUUCAUGGCUCAGACUUGGAUGAAUGCUGCACCAACGUGUUUGCACUGGUAAGAGUUUACUUCGUUCGAUUUAUGAGGGUUCUAUUUCGGCCUGUCACAUGUUACAGUGUUCUGUGAGGUUGUAACUCCUUCUAGAAGCAUGUGAAUAUUUAUUUGCCAAUUACCAAGAGGACGCUUUGGUCCUCUAGUGCAAAUAGAAGAUCUAGAGUCGAGAAUCUGAGGUUAACUUAACGGAAAAAAACCAAUUUACGGGCGUGUUGUAGAGUUACUUGCAUGUCGUAAUGAACAUGUCCUCUAUUUAACAAACGGUAGAAUUAAUUCAUUCUAAAUAUUCGCCUUAAUUGCCUCCAGUAAGAUGAAAUCCCUUGCUUCUGAGUGCUGCAUCGGAAAUAGUGGAUCCCGUGUGGCUUGAACUAAAACGUAUGCAUGAAAUCUAGGCUGAAAAAUCGUAUCGCUGGGAAGCCGUAUACACGGCUGCUGUAGAAGUGAAUAGAUUCUGUGGUAGGGAUUUGAAGGGUUAACCAGAGUUGAUUUUACAAACAACUUGCUUUGGCGCUUUGCAUUCGUUUACACGAAUCAUUCAGAGAUUCCUUUUGUUUGUCUUCAAUGGGGAAUCUUUCUCGUCAUAGGAAUUGCAUCGCCGUGCGUACAUGGACGAGACAAGCGAUUAUCCAGUCGUCCAUUCGUCUCGCAUUAUGACAUUUCUCAGGAUAUACGUGCGUGCUUCUAGGGAUUAUUUUCUCAAGUCGUAAAUAAAACUCUAAUAUGUAUGUAGUUUGCGCGAAGCUUUAAAAAGUGUACCUUUACUAUUAUGCCAUCGUUAUUAGCAGACUAACGCGUUUGCAUUGAUUCCUAACCGAUAUAUUCAUUGAAUAGGCAUUUUACCUGCAAAGCGAAGGCCGUAUGCUGGGCAAUAUUUUUUCCGGUAGAAGGGCCGAUUUUUAGUAUUGAAUUUAAUUUCGUCGCACUGCUACAAAUAGUGCCUAAGGAUUGACUUUACUGUGCGGUAGUGUUAACUAUUGAAGUAUUCAUGUUCUCUAGAAGGUUAAAAUUAACCAGAAAUCAGGGGCACCAGUGUUAUUUUUGCCCUAACAUAUUUAUCGCUCGAACUUGUCGCGGUGUCAAAUGUAGAACUGUCUAACUCUUCAGUGAGAGAAACCGACAGACUGAAUAAUUAAUAAGAUGACUGGGUUUUUAUUGAGAAAGAAUUGAUCUUUACUUGUUUACUCCUGGGUAAAUGUUUCAUGUAAGCAAAGAGACUGUCUCCGCGACAGUUUCAAUUCGAUGAACUCAUCGUAAUCUUCAGCGCAAGGGGAUGAAACAUUCGUAUAAUAUCAGAGUUUUCCUCCUUGCACGUUAAUUAAUUUUGAUGCAAGGUGUACUAUAGAAUGAUAAUUACGUAUAACUACAAUGGCACAGUGUCGGCGGAUAUUUUAUUUUCAUCGUAUUGUGUCUGUAUGGAAGGAGAGAUAUUCUCAAAUAACUUUCUCCUCGUGAAUGUUGUAGAUUUCAUGUCAAUUUCGGAGGGCAAUGAACGACGUCAUUGACACAUUUAUAGCGCCAUCGAUAGCUUCUUUCAAUGUUGUUGUGCAGUGGCAGAUUUUUGGUUUGAUUGUGCUUUGUGAAUUUGAAAUGUAUCUCUAAAGUGGUCAUAGAUCUCAGUGGUUUUAAGCUUCAUAUUGGCCCAUGACAAAUAAUAAACUGCAAUUCACAGAUAAGUGAACCAUAUUUGAGUAUAGGUAUUAACAGGUUAAUCUGUUAAAUUUAUCACCUCGGUAAUCAAACGAGAUGCAGGCGAAAACUGUAAUUUGGUAAAGAAAUUUCAGUUUCUCCUUCACAAAAUUUCAUUUUUCUGAGAACUUUCAAGAAUUUUUUUUGCUCACAAAACUGGUUCACUAAACACUAAUCAGAAAUUAUUGAUCAAUGGUAUAUUUUUAUGGAAUAUAAUUGUGAAGCAGGGAAGGAUUUUAAGAUACAGAAGGGGUAUGGACAUAUCCUCGUAAUUACACUGUGUGACUGUUCAGUCGUAUGUUUGUGUAAAUUGUUGUCUGAAAGGAUUCUUCUCUGUUAUUUAAUUCUCAUAUUGUAAAGCGCUGUGAAUGAUAUACUGUGAACAGUUGUGUAGGAAUACAUGGCAUCCUUGGUCUUCCAACUGAGGCUUUUGUCUAUUAAGUACUAAGUUAGUGUGGUAAUUUAUGUUUCUCUUGCAUUUCCUGGUUGGGUUUGACACCUCCUUUCCAUAGAGAUAGUUAAGUACCAAAAAUAAAAUUUCAUGUAUUUUAUGUGGACAACAAACAAAUUGUUGGUGUCCAAAAAUUUAUGUAGAUAGGAUUCAAAAUGACUGUGUGUUAAUUUGGUGUGCAUGGAUGGGUUUAUACUUACUCUCUUGGGUUUAUACUUACUCUAAAAUAAACAGUAGUGAUUCCACAUUUGUAAGAAUGGUUACUUUUGUAAUAACAUUUCUACUAUUUACAUGUAGCUAUUCAUGUUGUUGUACAUCUCAGUGGAUAUUUGUGAUUCUGAAAGUUUCUGUGCUUAAUUUACAAAGGUAUUGAUUGAGUGACGAUGCCAUAUUACCAACAGAUAGUUGAGGUUUCCUAAAAGUGGUAUCCUGUCUUAAUAAUGUCAUUGACACUUUGUGUUUGCUAGAUUUUAUUUGUUUUUGAUCUUUCAUUUGUCUUUUGUUUUGUUUUUUUAAUGCACGAUUGUGACAAUGUUCGGAUGAUAUUCUGCUUCCUUAUUUCAGUGAGACUGCUCAAGUAUUUCAUUUUGUGAUAAACUGAAUUCUUUAUUAGAUUGUAUUUUUAUCUCCCAAAACUUGAUAUUAUCUUCUAAACCAUGUGUCAAUUAAAGGGUUUACAUUAGGCUGAGCUGUGUUGUCGUGGUUAUGCUGUUGUGACAUUAAUUAGAUUCCACAUACAUGUUGUAGUUUUACAGCACUGCUGUGGUGAACUACCACAGCAUUUAUUUUUGGUUUCUCUUCACGGAAGGUUUAAAAACAUUUGACCUGAUCUGUGCCCUUAGGAGCUAAAACACUGAUAAUUUUUUCACUCUUCUCUUACAAAAGGCUUUCAACUUCCUGUUUAGAUUAUGGUCAAAAAAUUAUUAUGGCAUAUUAAUUACAUGUUAGUCAAAUGUCUCUGAAAGAAAUGGAUUAUUCAUUUUUGUCACAAACAUAGGACCAUGAUCACUUCCAAACAAGUAACAUCACUCUUUAUUCAAUUAAGUGUAAUAAAAGCCUAAACACACAGUUUUUUUGUUUUAUUUAUACAAAUGUUUGCUUGUUUACACCAAGAGUAACAAUACUUGAUACUGUGUGAUUGUUGUGAAAUCAGUUUUUGUUAUUAUUUGAAGUUGAUUAGAGUGGAAAAGAAUUGUUGUUGUUGUUGUUUGUUUUUAAACAAAUGUGGAUGUUUCAUGGAAUGUUAAAAAAUGUUACAACUUUUAUCACAUUAUAGAAUUCUAUGAGAAUUGAUAUGCAAAUAAUUGUUAAUAUUAGUAUAGCUACUCACUGAGACUUUGCAACUGUAAGUUAUUAGUAUAGUUACUACUGCUACUCUAAUUUUCAUUUAAUUUUCAGUGUCAUGUGUUAUUGUUAUUAUUAUUAUUGUUGUUGGUGAUAGUCAUGUUUUUAAGAUUAAAUAGUUAUGCACCACCACCCCUAGUGAGGGGAAGGAAAAAUGGUUUGCCAGAAUUGUUAAGAAGGAAAACCUGUCAAUUAAGCCUGACAAGGAAAGAUUUAUUUCUCAAAACCUCAACUGAUGUAAUUUACACUUUGUCUAGGAAAUAAUAUCCUUUUGCCUAAGAAGUUUUCAUGUCUGAAAAACCCAGCAUAUCAAAUUUUGGAAAGUAGGCCUGUCAAAAGAACACCUGUGUUUUGUGGGAGGUCUCAUCAUUGAUCGCAGAAUUAUUUGUGAUGAAUUCCACUAAAUUUUAUAAUUGUCCAUAGAUUUAAUCAACACUUUGUACAAAGGCAAUGUUAUAGUGCUGCACAAUGUAUGUUUAGUGAGUGUGACCAUGUUGGACAUGAAGACAGGUUGAAAGUUCUAGAGGAUGAGAUUAACUUUUGUGGUUGCUGUUUAAGUCAGGCUUAGCUCCAUUUCUUAUCCGCUUAGAAGUUCCAGAAUGAAUCUUUGUUGUUUAAAUGUAUAUCAUACAGCUAUAAGUGUAGUGAGAGGGUAUUGUGACGUUUAAGUUAACUUUCCAGAAUGAGCAGGAAAAAUGGCUCCCUCAUUUGCAGUAACAAGAGCUGACCACUUUUCAUUAUCUUGCCAUACUUUCUGACAUUUAACAUGUGGUUUGUUAUAAAAAUAGCAAUGUCUGUUAUCAAAUUAUUCAUAGCUGUUGGGAGUAACAGAAUUGCAAUGAUCUAACUUUUAUUUAUGUUGAGUCAUUAUUUUAAAAUUAUUUUGGAUAUUUGGAAUUGCAUUGUAAAUGAAAUGAAAUUAGGGAAAUAACCUACAUAUUUCUUUUUAUGAUUGUUUUUUCCUAACGUCAUAUUCCCAAAUAUACUAUGGGAAAAAAUGUUAAGGUGAUAUUGCACAGCCCUACUAGCUGGUUGUUUUUCAUUAUAAAAAUAAUUAUUGGUAAGGUGAAAGAAACAGCAUUCAAAUUAUUUUAACAAUCAUGGAGAUGUAAUUAAUGAAGUGUAGUUAUCUUCUUUACACAAGCUAUGGUUUCUUUAAUUUUCUAAGGUUGUUAUUUGAAAAAACAAUUUUGCACAAAACAAUGGGCUAAUGGAAAGGUCAGACUAUAAAUGCAAGCGUCUCGGUGCAGAAAAAUGAUUAUUUUUUCAUUACUUGAUAUCAAAGAAGACAUUUCAUUAUUGUGAAUAAAUUUUAAGUUCUGUAGAGGAACAAAGUUAUUACUCUACAAGUAUUAAAUUAUGUUAGACAAACAAGAAUAUUUUUUUUGAUUGUUGUUUUGGUAUUACUGUUGUGUAUGUAUGGUACAUAACUGUAGUUAGGUAUUGAAAAAGGUGGUCGUAAUCUUCUUCAUGAUAGUUUGUGGGUUUCAAGAUCAUGAUUUGUUGCUUGUAUUGAAUCAGACUGUCUUAUGUUAUUAUGCAUGAAAUAUGCUAAAGACAAGAGUUUCAUUUGAAACGUGACUGUAUGAUGCUAAAAGCAUGAGGAAUAGAUUAGCUGAGUGCUUCCAAUGAAGUUCUAACUAUGAGUUGACAUCUGGAUGGUAACAAUGAUGAUCGUAUCUAGCAAUAUGUUUGAUAAAAACCUUUUUAGAUUUGUUUUAGGAAUAAGCCACCUUUGAAUUACAAAAGAAGGCCUUUUGGAAAAGUAACAUAGUCCGAAUGUGAAUUAUCAAGGAACUGCAGUUUAGUUCAAUUUAAAAGACCAUUCGUAACUAAGUGAAAUGAAUACUCCUGAAUUUGAAUAAUUUCAAACACUGGUGUCGUUAAACUUGAAAAUGAAUUUAUAUUUCAUCACUUGUUUAUGGUGUGGACUGAUAGUGUGGCACUUUUGGUUUAUUGAAUGUUUUUUAUAUUUUUUUGGUUUUUGUGUGUGAUGCUGUAGCAGGUGGUUUUUUGCUUUAGGACUCAUUUAGUAUCUUAGUUUUUACAUAUCCAAUGGAUUAGCCUGUCAUGUGAUCGGAGAUAGUUUUUUAGUUUUUUAUUUUUCAUGCAAAUUGUUGCCAUUUUGUGCUUCAGUUUGUGUAAUUCUACUAAAUCAUUCUGUUGGGGUCAUAUGGAUACAUAAACAUUUCUUUUCAAACUAAUCUAGAACAUACAUACCAUGUUCAUGUGUCUGUUUACUUGUUCUUUAAAUUGUAAAGGUCUAUUAUUCAUAAUUCAUUGCAAAUCUUGGGCCCUCGGGAUAUUUUUAGUUCAGAUGUAGUUAUUAGAACUUCACCAAACCCUCUAGGCUUAUUUCGGUAAUGCAUUGUUGAGCUAGUCAAAGUAGGCACCGAUUUGAUGUUUUUAUUUCAACUCCAGUAUACACUGUACAAGCACAGAUUCAGCCCAUAUUUACUUUCCACAAUUAGGCAAUUAGGUGAGGUCUUCCUUUUCCUUGGUAUUUACAUAUAAAGUUCUUCCUGUGUUUCCUUUCACCAUCUUUGCUCUUAAAUGGGUUUACACAGACAUAACAUUCUAGUCAUUAGUGGCACAAUACUGGGCCACGACACGUAACAGUCGUGCCAAUACCAUUAAAAACACCUUCCGGACAUUAAUUUUCAUAAUUUCAUGAGUGAUCGAUGUUUGGAGUCUUGCCGAACCUAUCAGCAAUUAUUAUUAAAAAUGUUUCAGAAAGACUGCUAUGGACAAGCUGUAUGAUGAGUGUUAUUUUGGGUAAUAACCAGCCGGUACAUCCAUAAAUAGAAUCUCAAGGGGGCAUUUUUGCUAUCUACUUCACUCAUAUAUUAAACCAUAUUUUUAUGCUUCAGCCAGCUUGAAAUUGUGAUCAGUCUUGCAGAAAUCAAUCCUUGUGUAUUAUUCAAUUUUCUUUAAUUUCCUUUAAAAUUUUCCAGUUUUUAUAGUUCUAUGCCACUUUUAAUUCUGGUAUAUUUCUGUAAUUUACAUUUUGCCUUUUCCGUUGUUUGUGACAGUCAUAUAGACAUUGUAAUACACGUAAGCACUCCAGUGGUCUUAUAUUCGGCUUAAUGAUAUGUCAAUCUGUCAAGUUUAUCCAAAUUUAGCUAUAAAACAUUAGUUUUAUCAACUUCUCUAAAUUAGUUCAGUCUACUUCCCCUUUUCAAGCCAGCGUGUGGUAAAAAUGUUGCACCAUUCUAUACUGGAUCUGUCUCUUAGCUAACCUGUUACACUAUGCAUAUGUGCCAAACUAUUCUGUAUACCUUUAUUGAGGCACUGACAUGGAGAAUUUGUCUAACAAUUGAGAGGUUCUUUCGUUGGAUAUCAUUUCCUUUCUCGUCCCCUAUCGUGCAUCUUAAUGUUUAAUUCAGUGGUGGUACUUAAGUAAAGACUAUAGGAGAGUUCAAGAAUUGUCAAGCUGCUUGUGCAUAACACUUUCUAUAAUAUGUGUUUUUCAGUUGUAGGCAUAAACUGUGAUAUCAUCAAUUUUAAUGAGAAUUCUAUCAUGUUAUCCUAUCAAUGAAUAUGAUCCAGUCGUCAUCUGGUUGCUUAGAGGCUGUGACAAAUACUUCUGAAAAAAAAAAGAUUUGAUAGGAGAUUUUGUGUAAAGUGAAGUAUCAUUAUCAGUAUUUUUUUUGGCUAAAUUAAAUCACUGCGAUAGAGUUUUUUGUUUCGUUUUGUUUUGAAUUUUACUUUAUGUUGCUUUCAUUUACAGUAAUAUGAUACAGUACUAAAGUUGGUUUUAUUUGCACAAGACUGUUACAAAGCUCUUGACAAUCAGGAUGAAACACUGAGUACAAAAAGGAAAUGAGCUUGUUCCUUUGUUUUGCAAAUUGAUCAUUUACAACACUCAUAACUGAAUAUGCAAUAGUUCUGACAUGGCAUUUUUAUCCAAAAGAAGUGGUCAUACAUUUAUUCAUCUAUCACUUUUUUUCUGAAACAGUUUGAAAUUUUUAAGGUAGGUGUACCAAAUUAUAUUUACAUUAAGUGACAUUUAAAAUGAUGUGUUUGGAAACCUCUGAGCCAUAUAUCUCUCAGUAUCUUACAAGAUGUUUGCAGUGUCUUUAAGUCAAUAUGCGGCAUUUUGCCAUUAACAGAUAUAUUGUCAUUUGACAAUAACAUCUGUGGUGAUUGAAAUUUAGAGGUGUUUCAAAGGUCAAUUUGUCAAUUGAAAUCCAUUUUAUGAUAUAUAUUUUUAGUAUUUGUCUGUAUCAACAAAACAUCAAAAAAAAAAAAAAAAAAAAAAAAAAGCAAGUUGUAGAUGUUAGAUAUCAGUGAAGGCUUAAGUGUAAUGAAAAAUGAUACAUGGUUUUUCUCUGGUUAUCAGAGCAAGAUUUAAAGUCUACUUAACCCAUUAAUGCCUAGGUGUGUCAAGCAUUUAUUUUCUCCUCAAUAGGUCUUGUUUACUAAUGAAGCUGGUUUUUUGUUAGAAAAAUUUCUAAUGUCAGUUCCAUAGGAUGUGUACACUGUAUAGAGAAAAGUAUACUCAAUAAAAUGCAGAGUGAUUUUAUGGUGUAAAACCAUGAAGGAAGUGUGGAAGACAUUGUGUUCUUAACUCUUUCAAACCCAAGAUCUACUUAAUAAUUUUUUAUUGUCUAUGAUACAAUUCUCAUGGUGUUGGAUAGAAUUUGGUAUUGGAUCAACCAAUAAUCCCUUAAUUGAUGUUUUUCUUUAUUCUCAUUACUUUUGUGCUUCAUACUGUUUUGAUAUGGUAAAGAGAAAUUCUGACUUGAUCAGACUCAAGAUUGAAAGGUUUAACUGGUAAUAAAUAGGCUGGAAUGUAUAUCUAGAGGUCUGUAUUUAAGCCUUUGGGUGGUCGUCAUGUUUUGUUUUGUAGACAGGGAACUAAACUCUCACAGUGUUCAUUGCCAGCCUGGAGUGUAAAUUGGUGCCAAUGAUGUGUCAGGGUAGCUGGUAAAAUGUUAAGGGGCUACCCUGCCUUGGGCUGAAAUUUUUUAUCUAAUAAGCUGCAUUAUACACAUAUUUUGAUUGGUUUUUAUCCAUGAUCUAUUUGAGAACAAUGCUUAGAUGAUGUCAGCUCUGGCAAAUGUGUUUUACCUUGCUGUGUUCUUUUACAGACUGAUUUAUGUGGGUUAAAAUGGCGCAAGUAUGUUUUCAAUUUCACGUGCCAAGCCAAUCCUUCAGAGGAUCCUGUGUUGAAGUCAUUUUCAGCAGCUCUCAGUCAUGAUAUCCUAUGUGCAUGGCGGAGGUGCCCUUUGACAGGCUGUCAAUCAGGUGGAGAUCCUAAGAGUAUCAGUGGUGCAAAGGAAUUGUGGGUUUUCUGGUUUGGUGACGAUCCCAAUUUACAAGGGAUUGUAUCUGCAGAGCUAAAAGGUAAUGGCUCACCUUUCUUAUAACAACAAGUUCUUUAAAAAGGUCAUGUCACAUCAGGCACUUUUCCCUCAAACUUUUCCUUUGAUAUUUCACAUGGGAAGUUUCUCCUUUUUUGAACAUGUUGUGUUUUGAAUGCUCUGGAAUCAUCAAGUUUUGCAUACAGUUAAAGUUUUGCAUCUGUAAGGUUUUGGUAAUUUUGCAGUAUUUUGUUAUCAAGUCUUAAAGAUUAAAUUACAUCAUAAAAUUGUUACACUCGGCAAGAUCCAAUUUAGCUUUUGUCAUGGUGAUCAAAAGCACAAGACAUUAAAAAUAGCAGUGACGAUCUGUUUACAUCACAUGACAUAUUAUCCUGUCUAUGUGUUUGAUGUUUGUACAGAAUUGUUCCUGUUUGUAGGAAUUUGAUACAGGUGUUUGUACAGAAUCUUUCCUGUUUGAAGAAAUUUGAUACAGGUGUGACCACUUGAUCUCUCAAAGGGGUCAAUCCUAAAAUUAAGCUUUACCAUAUGCGAUGAGUUUGUCUUACUAUUUGGAUUAAUAACUGUAACACAACUAUGUGUACUUUACUUUGUUAAAUUUUUUUAAAAUUAUUUUUUAUAGAAUCAUGCCAUGGGUGUUGGGAAGAUGGUUUGCCUCAUGAACCAAGAUCGUUAUUAUUCAAAGCUUUACAUAAUUUAUUAGAAAGGUAAGACAAGUGCACAAUGGUGCUAUGGUUAUUUUUAGCCCUUUCACUCCCAUGAUCUCAUCACUAAUUUUCUUUGCUGUCAGCUAUACAUUUUGCAUGAUACUACAGGAGGAACCAUGUGCCUUAGUUACUGCCUCAGUGGUCAUUUGAAAUGACCAAUUGUGCAUUAUAAGACAAUAGAGGAGUUGACGGAAAGAACCAAGUCUAAUCGAAAAGGGUCCUCAGGAGUCUGAGGAACUGCUUGGAAUAUGUAAAUCACAUGUCGUCAGCCAUCACAGUUUUAACUUGUGAGCACAAUUUCUACUUAUUCCAGAAGCCUUUUCAUGUUGGGUUUUCAAAAACAAAUGGUCUGUUUCUUUUCCUUUCAUAGUGAUAGAGUCUGCAUUUCUUGUAAGAUAAUUGAGUGCUGUUUACACAAGCUUGACAUUAAUAUAUUACCCCAGAAAUUAAUUCAAAGGGUUCCAAGUAGCAGAACUUCAGUCAAAUGUCAAAAAAAUUUGGGUUUUGUUCUUUAAAGCUAACUGUAGGCUAAAUCAAGUUGGGUCACCAAGAAAACACAAAACUGCAGCUUGUUUGGUUUUACACAUCAGAAAUUGUGUAUACUCUCAGGAGCAGACCCUACAUCAUUGGAGUUUCUUGUGCAGAGAUCAACAAGUUGUGAUGAAAACUCUAUAAAAAAAAAGAGCAAACACAGAGUUUUGUGACUUUAUUAAACUGUUAGUUUCUCUCAUGGCUGUUCCCUAGGCUGUUGCGCAGUGUUUCUUUCUGUGACAUCCAUCUCGCAUUGUUUGGUGUGUGCACAUUCAGCGUUAUUUCAACAUUUCACAAAGGAAUAGGAUAUGAAAUUUAACUAACAACUCACUGUAUAAAGGACAACAAUCAAGCUGAAGAUUUCAGACAACUUCUUGGUUUUCUGGAUUUUUGGUGAUGAGUCCUGAAAAAAAUUUCAUUUUCACAUUUGUGCAGACAUUUAAAUUACUUCAGGUUUUUAUAACAUUUCUUUUUCAUUCCUACAUCUUUCUUUUUUAGAUGUCUACUGUCAAGAAAAUUUUUUCGUUUGGGAAAAUGGUUUACAAAACCAUGUGAAAGCAGUUUGGUGGAGAAUUCAAGGUGGAUUGUUGUUUUACUUUUUCAAUAAUAUAUAUGUAUAUGUGGCUUGUUCAUGAGGCCAUGAAACCAUGUAAAUCAGCAUUUACAUAAUAAUAGUCUGCCUUGUAUUGGUAACAUAAACCAUAACCUCAAUUCACCCUGAGCCUAGGUGAGAAUCCUAUUGUCCUCACAAUGAUGAUUAAUGUAACAAUAGCAUUUGUGUUCUUUUGUCUUCAGCAAUCAUCUUUCAUUCUCAUUUUCCUUCUUUAUCCAUGGGGAGAGUUCUGUUUGUACAGCUGUUGAAAUUCAACAGCAACAGAAGAUGCGCCAUCUCACACUUGAAGAUGUAGCUGUUGCAGCAACCAAACAGGAAGGGCUCCCAGGUAUAGUUAUAUAUCACAAAUGGUUGCUUGUUUACUAGCCAGAACUGUAAAUCACUGUUGUAUAUUGGACUGAAGUACUGAUAAGGGAAAUGGUCUCACAGUUUAUUGGAUAAAUUAAUUUCUUGUAAAAAAAUCCCAUCCUUAGAAAAGGAAUGGGAAAGGGAAAGAAUGGAACAGAUUUUGAAAUAUAUAGCAUACUGUGCACUGUUCUCCUUAAUUUUAGCAUAACAGGUGAGAGCUAUUUUUGACCUGGCAGGUAAAUCCUUGCAACUGUUGAAUUUCUAAGAAUUUUGGGCACUUUUAGGUGGUAUUAGGCUGCAUACAUGGGGUAAAUUUUCUUGGUUAUUGCAUGAUAAGGAGAAUACUAAUUGUACUGCUUGUGAAGUUUUAGCAAAACAAUUAAAAAAAACAUCUUGAGACUGACCAAGGGGAAAAAAUUUCCUUAGAAAACAAAGGAUGUCAGUUGUCUUUGACAUAAAUGGUUUUAUUUAACACAAGCUACAUGUAGAUAUUUUAGCUCUCUUCAUUUCUGCCAAACACAGGCCCCAAAUUGGCAACCUUUGCUGCAAAUUCGGUCAACAAAAAUUUUUCAAGUUUUGAUGUUGACCAAAAUGGUGGCAGCUCAGAGUGCUGUGGCUGGAAGACUGCUUGUGGUUGACCUUUAGUUAGUCCUAACCCUUUUACAUGUUUCAGAGAGCUUAUUCUGUGUACCUUUACCUUCAGUUUUACUGGGUCCGUAUGGAUUGUCAGGAUUUCUUACUGGGCAAACAAGCCACAUGGAAGAGAUGGUGUCAGCCAAACUUGUGGAAGAGUGGAAGAAGUUUUAUCCUCUUGACUACAGUUCUGAUUGGAGUGAGCCAGCAAGCUUGUGUCAGGAUAAGGGUGUGCCCGUGGCAGUGAUGGUUGUUGUGGAAGAAACACAGAUGUGGUAUCCAUCCAUGUAUGUUGUUGUGCCAUAUGAGAAGAAUACACCAGUUGGUGAGUGUUUUGCAGUGAAUAAAUAAUAACCAUAUUAAUUUUAUUUGAUCAAGCACCUAACCUGUAGUGAGCAAGUACACCAUACUUGCACCUCUAGUAAGCACCGACCCCGUUAGUUGGAAAAGUUAACAAGUGCCUAGCCUGGAAUGAGUGGAUGAGAGGCCCCAGUGAAUGCUUUUUGUAAUAUUUAACAAAAAUAACACAAGUAAUGAACUCAGGGGUAAUUGUUGGUUGUCCAGACCAGGGUAGUUAGGAAAAAAAAGACUUGUUGGCAAGUGUUACUGACACCUCAACAACAAUGAGAAAGUCAGUAUUGCAGGCUAGAGAGGAAUGAAUUUUCAUAGAUUGUCUGAAGCCUGUUUUUCAGAAACUGAUCUGUCUGUUGCACCAUGAUAGUAUGUGUACUUUACUGGAAACAUAAUUACUUCACAUGCAUACAGUUACAGAAUCACAUUCAGCAAUCUUGAUGGACUAAUUCUUGUAACCAUUUAACCCUUUACCUUUAACCUUCUGCAGAUGGGUCAGUGCCACCCAAAACUGGUGCAGUGACCUGCUCUGGUCCAACAUCACUAACCCCUCCAGCAUCUCCUCUUGAUCCCAACUCUACAGAUGUUGUUACAGGUCCUGCAAAUCUGCCUCCAGCACCUAAUUUAACCUCAGGGGGAGUCAUAGACAAGAAGAAGCUGACACAUUCCUUGGUACAAGAAGUUUGGCAAGAGAUCACAGUCACCAAACCUGCAGCAAAGUAUGUGAUGCUUUCUAGAAAAUACCUCUACUGAUGUUUGAAAUAUACAUUUUCUGUGUGGGAACCCAGCUGGGUAGUGUAAUGCACAGCUGCAACACUCCUGCAUGUUUUACCUCGAUUACAGGGAUAAGGUUUAUAUUAAAUUUGUUGGAUAUAAAAAAAUAUUUAUAUAUAUGUAUAUAUAUAAGAUGUUACUGCCUGACUGACAAGUACUGUCCUUUCUCCUCAGCAAAAACACCUCCCUGAGCAGUAUUUCAAAAUCAACUCCAUCUUUUAUGAAGGCAGACAGUUCAGGUGAUACUACUGUACCGACAGGACAAUGGGAUUUCGAGGAGCCUUUCAAGCGCACUUCCUGUUCUUGUACCUCAAGUAGUAACAUUAGCAGGUGAGUUGCUAAGCAAUGUAAGCAGUCAAUUGUUACAAUAAUGAAUUUAUCUUUCUGCAUAAAUGGAGACAAAGCAGUUUUCAGUUCAGUUGUAAUGACUGCAUCAAAAUUAUCCACUAGUGGCCACCUUGUUUUCAUUGUUUUAACUGAGGAGCCAUAUUGUGUGUCCUUUGAAUAAAUGAGUACUUUCCUUGCAUUCAAUUUGGUUGCUAAGCAAAUAUUUGGAAGUUUAGCAUUUGGAAGAAGCACCAAGAAAUUCAAUAAAAUUUUGGAUUAAAAAAGGCAAUCUUUCCAUCAUAAUCCUUUACACCCUAACAUUGGUACAUCAAUAUUCUCGAUACUCUUCUCUUUACAUUUCCUUUGUGUCUGACAAGGAGAAUUUGUUUACCAAUCAAAGCCUCCCAGUUUGGCAAUCAUUUCCUUUAUUCUCAUGAUCUUUAUAAGUGAUUCGGCAGUUUUACUGUGAGGAGAAAUUAGAUGCUGGUCACACUCUUAGGUUUAAAAGGUUAAGCAAAAAGCCAAAAAUGUAACAAAUCAAACUUUUUAGCUUCCAUAUUUUGCUCUCUCUGGAGACCUAAAGGGAAAAGGGUCAAGUUGCCUCUGGGCAAUUUGGACCCUACACCCAAUCCUUACGAAGCAACAAUGAUAUGAUUCUAUUUUACUUUUUGAUGUCAGACCAAAGGCGCCAGCUCAAGUCCGGUCAUCAUUUGGCAUAAGCAGACCAACACCAUCCCCUAGCUAUCCACUACCUUCGCCUCAGCAACAACAACAACUGCAAUCCACACAACAAAAUCAGGGGAAUACAAAGUUGAAGAAAGAAAAGAAGAAACCAUUGGUGCCCUUUCAUCAUCGUCAGAGUCUUGAUAAAGAGAGACCCGAAGCUCUGAAAAGUCAUGUUGGAGCAAUGACCAAAGGCUUACCUACGUCAAAUGUAUCGACAAGUGUCACUCAAAAACGUCAUCUGGAAGUUGCUUUUCCACAGAACUCAAGGAAAUAUCAAUCAACACCUCUUGUGAACACAAGUGGAAUAUCAGGACCCAAAGGUCAUGCGAUAAGUGCGAAGACUGAGGAUAAAUGCUUACAACCUCCAACUUCACUUCUGAAAGUAAACCCUUCAAUAUUAUCCUCAAAGGCUAUUGCCAAUAACCAAGCAGAAAUGACAGUGAAGGUAGAAUCAAACAAUUUUGAAGAUUUUGUAGGUAACAAAGAUAGUACUGCAUCAGAAGAUACUGUGAAGAAGUGCUAUGCUUUGCCUUCAGAAGUUGGUUUCACUGUCCCUCUACUGCCAAGUGAUCCUCUUGACUGUCGACCAUUAGGUGAUCUGAUGGUAUCAAAAGAUGUUCCAACACCAAGUCCAUUGGAGACAACUUUGUGGGAAAGGUAUGUGAAGGGCAGAGUGAAAGAAAAGUGUAGAGGGACAGGCCAGACUCUGGCAAUAUUUCCAGGCCUCUGGUGUCUCACAUGGUAAAAUAAUCUCCCAGAGGAAACCUAAAGGGGCUAGGGGCCAAUAUCCCUUAAUGGCCCAUAAAGGUAGACUGCCUGAAAGUAGUAACUUUUCAGGCUUCAGUUAUUCAAAAUGGUAGGAAAUAUUUUAUAUACUUAUUUGGCAACAGGCCCUUGACAUUCUCUUAAAAUACCAUUCAUUAACUUCACUCCAGUAGUUUAGAAACAGGAUACAGAGGGUUUUAUUAGCUUGUGAAAGGAGUUACCAAUUUAAAACCAUAGUUAUGUGAGUUUUAGCGUUCAAUUGUUUUUUUGUUUUAUAUCAAAGGAGUAUUUGAUCUUCAUUUUUAGCAGUAAGAGACCUUCAAUUGAUGGAGGGAUUGAGUGCAUACCUUCACCUGCUAAAAGAAGAAGGGAAUCUUCCACAAGCAGAUCCAGGUCAGAUAGCACAGGAGGAGGGGGUCGACUAAAGGGGCGGAGGAACAGCUCCCAACCAUCUCCAGCAACCACUCCUCUUUCUGAUCCAUUUACUCCUCAACCUGAGGAACUGGACAUGGAAAUGAUUCAGCCACCCAUGAAAUCACCCACACAGGUGAAGCCUCCCUCGAAUAAGCCUCGGCGGAGAAGUAGUGCCACUGGUGGUGACAGUCCAUCAGUGCCACUACCAGGAGAGCUCAGCAAACCACCUUCACGGGUGAAAAACAGACGGCAGAGCUCUCGCAAAAAACAACAAGAGGAAAAGGAACGCUUGUCAAAAGAGAUGGAAGAAAUCAAACCUUGCCCAGUUGUGAAUGAGAAAGGAACAUUUCCUAGUUUUUCAUCUUCCGAUGAUGAACAUGAACCCAUUGCCCGCUUACCAACCAAUCUUAUGACAGAGCAAGAUCUUGCUGUGACUGUAAAUGACCUUGAUCAGUUGUUUGACACAGAUGAGGAAGAUGAUGAACUUGGGCAAUCAAAAGCAAUGAAGAUAGAUUUUGUUUCAAAUCAGGUUGCCCCCUUUGAUCCUAUCAUGAACAUAAACACUCCUCAUACUAUUAUGAGCACAGUUGGAGUAACAAAUCAAGACUUGGCACGCAUGUUCCCCACACCUCCCUCUCAGGAAACAGUGACGCACUCGCCACCUUGUUCUGUUGGCAAUGACUACAUCAGCCCGGGAAGUGUUAAGACCAUCAUGCACAACACAGUGCUUUCUCCAGAAUCACAUCUGAUGCAUCUUGCUGGUGUUGAUGCUGAAAGGAGAAACAGCACAGUCCAAUGGUUUGUGAAUUUUUCUGAUGUUUUUUUUUCUUUUCAUUCAAGCUAUAAUUCAUGUUGUCAAUUGUUCAAAAGAAUUUGGUGUCAUAUCAGGAAAGCACCUUCUUGCUGAGGCAUUUUGGAUUUCUUGUCUCUUGUUACCUGUUUGCAAACUAUUGGGUUAAUGUUAUAAGAAGUGAUUAACUUGUAACUUCUCCUUGCAAUUCCAAUAUGUUAUCCUGCAAAGAGGAAAGGAGAAUAGACAAGUUUAUCUGUAAGAAGGUGUUACAAUGUGUGUACAUUGUUGUAACACCAAAUUCCUCUGUCUAAUUUAUAAGAAACUUUAUGGCAGUCAUUAGGGUGAAGUACUUAUUGAAUAUUCUGAAUUAGCAAAGAAUUUGGAACCUCAGUUUCUUUCAUACUUGGAUUAGACUUUGUAGCAGUGUGGCCAAGUAUUAGGAAAGUGAUGACUUGGCUUUUUUCAUAAGCAUUCUUCCCCCUCUCCAAUAAGCCCCCUUCUUUGUGGAAUCUGCAGAUAUCAUUAAAUGGCCACCUCUAGGGAGCUUAUGAAAGGGCCCCUCUCAGAAAUCUCUCAAAAUUGCUAAACCCUUCAACCUCAGAGAGCAUAUUAUAGGGUCCCUGUAGGACAUUAUUUAACCUCCACCUCAGGGAGUCUAUGAGAGGUCCUAUUGUCUCUAUUUAACCCCUUCCCACCCCCAGGGAACUCUUUAGAGGGCCUAUGGUACUCUCAAUUAACCUGAGUUAAAUUCAUGUAAGAAACUAAAAUGUAAGAGACUUUUAGGUGUGGCUUUGAAAAAAAUCUAGGCUUUACUUAUAGGGUUGUUUACUGUACUUUCCUUUUUUUAGGAACUUGGCCCAGUGUUUGAGAUCCCAAAAGUCCAAGAGUUUCCAGUCUCCUACUCCUUUGAAGCUGUAGUUGGUUUGCCUGAUUACCAGGAGCUGCCAUCUGUGAUGCAGUACUCACCUUCAUGGCAGGUGAGGAGACAAGCAAUAGCUCUCGUUCAGUAUUCAUUUGGAGCCUUUGUCACAUUUUGUUUUGUCUCUGACCAUUUUCUAGAUUUAGCAAAACUGGCCUUAAUUGACUAAGGCAAUGGUUAAGUUCAAAGUCAGAAUGAAACUUGAGUUUAAAAGAGUUAAAAUAUUUACUUAGACGUUUGAAGUAAUCUUUAUCUACCAGUGGUAAUGGUGUCAUCAUUAAAAUGUAAGACUAUCCAAGGCUGUGCUCUAACGGCGCUCGGUCGCCUGAGGCGACUAACAUUUGGCCUCGGGCGACUGAAAAUAUUUUCUUGGUCGCCCGGCCGGGCGACUGGCUGGUGUUGGUUUCUUGAUUUACAGUCAAAAAAAAAAAAGAAAAUGUUGUUCAAUCGGGCGCGCGUUGAUAUUCAAAGGUCGUUCCACGUGAAUUUACGUGCAACAUAAUCAUCGACUUUGAUCGUGACAAGCUGCACAGUUUUCGAUUUUAACCGCUUUUCCAAAUAGUAUUAUAAUUUUUCCUUUAAAUUAGGAUGGCUCGUUAGUUAGUUUUUGAAAAGCAAUUGUUACUUUUGCUCUGACAGGCGUAAAGUACGGUCGACGAUUAAUAAAUCGCUAAAUGAACACGGGAGUCGUUCUUUUAAAAGAAAAUGUUGUUCCAUCGGGCGCGCGUUAAUGUUCAAAGGUCGUUCCACGUGAAUUCACAUGUAGCAUAAUCCUUGACUUUGAACUUGACUAGCUGCACAGUUUUCGAUUUUAACGGCUUUUCCAAUAGCAUUAAAAUUUUUUCCUUUUAAAUUGGGAUGGCUCAUCAGCUAGUUUUUCAAAAGAAGUUGUUACUUCUGCUCUGAUAGGCGUAAAGUACGGUCGGUGAUUAAUAAAUCGCUGAAUAAACACGGGAGUCGCUCUUCUAUGCUAAUUUAAUAUUUUAGCCGGCUUUUUACUGCCGUGUCUGCGAGGCAAAACAUAACUUAAGAUUGUUUUUCCAGUAAAACACGAUGUAUAAAAAAAAAAAAGAUACGUUUUUUUUGUGAUUGUUUUAGAAACGGGUAUAAACUCUAUAAGUCCCGCAUUGUCCUUGGUGUCGUGACAAGUUAUUACGUAUCACGCAUUUUUAAUAAUUAACUGACUGAUUUAUUAAUUUGGGCGACCAACUAGGAGGCCCGGGCACCUCAGCUAAAAUGUUUGGAUGGCUCCCCAAAUUUUGAUUUGGGCGACCAUCUUUUAGGCCUGGGCACCCAGUUUUUGGAGCCCGAAGGUGAUUAAAUUUUCCUUAGAGCACAGCCUUGCUAUCACAAAAGUUUGUUUGUUUGUUUGUUUGGUUGGUUUUUUCAUACUGGGUAGAUAACAAAAUUUAAACCACAAAUAGAUGUUGAGUUUUGAUAGGUGAUUAAUUUGGUAAUACCUUAUACCCUCUAUACAAAGAGGUGAAAUUUGAUAGCAUCUGGAAAGUAACAAUAAUAGUUGGUCUUUUGGGCCUUUGUCUACUGUGUAACCACUUCUAUGUAUGAAUUUUUGAUUGCUCAUCAUGUUUCAUCAUGUUUAUUUGCAGCAGGCAUCCCAGAGGAAUUGGACAUCGUCAGAAACCAAAGUGGAGAGGUUAGUAAUAUAUUUCCUGUUCGAUGUGAUUCAUGUCAGUUUUAUUGCUGCUAGAACAGUGAAGCUGUUACAUGUAGAUUCUGAAACACUAUAAACUGGGAAAAUGUCUUCCUUGUCUGCAGAUCUUUUCCCAUAUUUGAUAAUUACUGCUGUAGGCAUCUUGGGUUCAAAUGUGUGAUAAACAUAACUUCUUGCUGUGAAAGUAUUUGUGGCUGAAUUAUUUACAUUGGAAAGCUCUAAAACAUCUUGUUUAUCUCCAGUUUUACUAUUAUUCACUCUCCAUUACCUCUGGGUUAAGGAUGUGGAGUUCUUGCAUGAGUUACCCAUUUGAAGUUUUGUUUGAAAUUUAGCCAGAUUUACAAUGAUUAGCAAGUUUGACUUUUGAUUUCCAUUUUUUUCAGUGCUACCGAGGUGUUAAGUUGUGAUAUAACCAUUGGUGCUCCCUCACCAGCAGUUGGAUUCACAAACACCCAUCCUGCAAGUGUUAACAGUGAUGUCAAACACUUGACCUCUGCAGCAAUGUCUCCAGCUUCUCCAGCAUCAUCAGUGUCAUCAUUUUCUAUGCCGAUGCAAUUUCCAAAGACUUUUCAUGGAAGUAGCCUUGUGGUGAAACCCAUAUUUCAAACACCUCUGCCAGAAGCAAAUUCUUUAUCAAAGGUUUUGAACUUGUCAGACUCGUGCGCAAACUACUUUAGUGACAAAUGCUAUGACAGUGUAAGUCUCUGUUCGUGUUUGACAUCCUCAGAGGGUGUGCAAGCCAAAGGGAACAAAGGUAGAGACUCUGAUUACUGCGUCUGUGGCUUUGGUGCUCUUGAGGCAGUAAAAUUCACUGCUGGCACAGGUCUAUUUCCUGAUGAUAUCCACUCAACCUCCGCUGAAAAUGUGAAAACUCUGAAAAAGGUUAAUAAUGUUCCACAAUCUGCAGUUGAAGUGAAAAAGGAAGGUUCAGUGUCACACUGUGUGAGGAGACGGGCUUCAGCUACUGCUGUUUCCUCACAAGUACCAUUUUGUUUGCUAGAGGAGAUUGUGAGUCAGUGUUCUUCGCCUUUUUCUUGUUACAACUUGAAGUUACAACUCAUGUUUAAAGGUCAUCAUGGAAUUGUCAAACAUGUCUCAGGUGCAUGGUCACAAAAUAAAGGUGAGUUUGGUAACAUGUUACUUGUUUUCAUGAGUAUGGCACAUAGCAAAAAUCUGAGCCACAAAGAACCUGUUGGUGAGCCAGGCCACAAAAUAAAUGUAGGAAAACAAAAAAAUUUACUCUGUUUCUUCAUCUGAUUACAAAGGCAAGCUUUUGCUGAAGAACUGGCCACUGACAGGGGUUUCAUAAGUUUGUCCACUAGUGUCUACUGAUGGUGAAAUCCUUGGCUGUGACUGUAAUAUAAAUGUGGCUCAGAAAAUCUAGUAGUAAUUAUUAGUUAUUGGAUAUAUAUAAAUUAUGAACUAUAUUUUCCAGUAGACUUAGAGAUAUAAUGCCCUUUUUUAUAACACACAUUUAGAUUACAUAGAUUAAAUACAAUUUUGUAAUUCACAUUUUCAAUAUUAUUCAAUUUAUAUAUUUAUUAAUUUUAUCUAAAAUUAUUUGUGUACACGCAAUUCAAUAAACAUAUCUGCCAUCUAUCUACCAUCUAAAAUCCUAACAGAUGGCAGUGAAAAACCUGGUUAGGCUAAUCUUAAAGCCACGCCAGGCCACUAUUGACUUUACCUUAUUGAAGCUUCUGUUCUGAACUAGAAUGAUUAUUAGGGUAAUCCUUUAAAUUUGUCGUGUUUUUGAGGUAGUAUGGACUAGUGGUUAAGGCCCUGGGCUUAUAAUCUAGUGGUCCUGGUUUCAAGCCCUCCUCCCUGCUACUUGCUAAAUUUUUUUUUUUUUUUUUCAGUUAUCACAAACCCAACUCCUUGGCUGCCCUUAAAAUAUCAUAUAGCCAACUGGUCUACCUCCUGCCAUUUGGGAUUUUUAAACACUAUAUUCAUUCACUUACUCAUUUGUAUUUAAACUGAAAAGCUCCAUUGGGGAGUGGUCAAUUGAAUAUACCUAUAAAUACAUACACACACACAUAAAUGCUUAACCUCUGGAUCAAUGAUUAUUAAUCUAUUGAAAAAGUGUGAUUGCAGUAUUUUGGCUCUUUACUCAUGAAACCCUCUGACUUUGAGUUCUCUCAAAUUAUUUUUUACUUUAGGUGCAGAGAAUGGUAUACCACAGAAAGUUCCUCAUCCAACUGCAGUUGGUGCGCUCAACUUCCUUCGUCAACUAAUGCAGGAUGCUCUGCAAAAAUCAACAAGCAGAAAAACUUGGGAGCAGCCCAAUGGAACAGUGGUUCAGGGACCUUUGUCUUGGAAACAACUUCAUCAUCUGGCAACUAAAGGUCUGUUUUGUCUUGUUGCAAUUUUUACUGUUCUGAUAAAGGCAGAGGCUUAAAUGAGUGGUUCCAGAGUAAACUAUCAAUUGAAACCAUGUACUCUUAAUAGUGAGAAUCUUUUAAAAUUCAAAUGUACUUCCUCUCUACUCAAUUAGGUAAUGAGGAAACACCACAUGCUCAGCCAAUUCCAUCAGUGACAGUAGGCUAUGGAGGAGACUGGAUGUCCCUUUCUCCUAUUGCAUUACAUUUUUGGGUGAGUUAAAAUUUAUAUUUUGGAGAUACUGUGGUGUAACUGUUUGCCUAAGUACAUUGGGCUUAGAUGUCUGUAUGUGGCUUUUUAACUUGUUUUUUUUUUUUUUUAUUCCACUUUGCAGGAGAAGCUCUUGCUUGAACCUUACUCAUGUCAACGUGAUGUUGCAUACAUUGUUGUAGCACCAGAGAACGAGUUAGUGUUGAAUAAUGUGAAGUUGUUCUUUAAGGAAUUCAGUGCAGUGUAUGAGGUAAAGAGACCCUUUUGUUUUUAUUGUUUUAAUGAGGCUACACAAUUAAAGUCUAAUUUAGGCAAGGUUCAAUGAAGCAAAUGCAGCCAAUUCACCUAUAAGAUGUAGGGAGGGCCUGUGGAAAGUUUGUGGGGCAUUGCCAUAUGCUUUUGAGCCCCCUGUGCAUCAUUUCCCUUCCUACCUACCUUUCUCCUCUUUCCUCUCCCUCCCUUUCUCCCUCCUUCUCUCCCUUCACGUAAUCAUUUCACAUGCUGUUUGGUAGAAAGUAGAGGUGACUGAGACCCCUGCACUGGUUUGUUGCUUCCUUUAAUGCACUUAGCCUUUGGUGCUCUGACUUUGCAAAUUGUUUGGACUUUGAGUAUUAGGUCUGCCGUUCAGUGUUUUCCCCAUAUUGAGACUGGAUGAUAUUCUGAAAUUUGAGGUACAAAACAGCUAGAACUUUCAACUUUGAAAGAUGAGGAACGUGGAGUAUUAAUUGGUUGUGGGGGUGUACAUCAGAUUUUAGCCUCAGUUGUGCUUUGAAAAAAUUUUCAUGGGUUUAUUUUUGAUGACUCUUUGUAUUAUAAUGUCAUUUUUCAUUUUUGCUCAAGGCUAAUUUUCUAUUCUUCAGACUUGUCGUCUUGGUCAACAUGUUGCCAUUACCAAGGUGCUCAGAGAUGGAAUACUACGGAUUGGUCAAAAGUCACUUAAACUUGCAAAAGAACCUGUUGAUGAUUGGUUCUCACAUCAAGGUGAUCAUAAUGUUAUUGACUUUGUCAGUAGCCUCUGAUAAGUAAUGGUAAUAGGACUGGGUGGAGUCCAGUUCAGUCUGUAAUCAUAUCAGUGACAUAUUACAGGGGGAGUCUGAUUAAUUUAUCACAAGUAUGAUCACAGAGCAAAUUGGACAACAUGAAGUCUUACUACAAAUUAAUCAUAAAAAUCACAAUUUCCAAGGAAAGGAGAAUAGCCAAGUUAUGAAAGAAAGGGAAAAUUGGCAUCAAAAGACUAACAAAGGAGGCGUAAGUUGUUGCUAUGGAGAUUGAAACCAAGGUUUCAAUUGGUUGAUCUAAACUACGACUUUGAAUGUGAUUGGUUGAUUUAAACUACAACUUUGGAUGUGAUUGGCUUAUUGAACUGUCUGAUAAAAACUUGGCAAGUGAAUUAGGGGGAAAUAGGAGUUUUUUAAGGGGAGGCCGCAAUGAGAUUCUGCUGUGAAAUGUUUCGAAGUAUAAAGCAUAGUCAUUGAUCCUCUGUUUAAAUAUGACAAGAAAAAAAAAGUUUUGACACCAAUAACUUAACUUUUCUUGUUUAUAUCACUUUUCUUGUAUUACAAGGAUCAGGUAAAAAAAAAUGUUUUUGUUGGCUUGCCGGUAUGAAUGUUUAAAAAAAAAAUGUUGAAUAAAAAUUAAUUUGUCUGUUCCCCUAAAAAUAAAAAUUUCCCCCCAAAUUUUUGCUAAAGGGGACAAAUUGUCCCCCAGUGAUCAAAUCCUAGCUCAAACCCUGGUGUAAGAGCUGAUGCAGGAAUGAGAAAGUUUAUGAAGGUGUCUCAAAAUUUGUCCAAGUUGUCAUUUAGUUGUAAUGGAGGACGUGAAAGAAGUUCUUUUUAUGUGCAAGGUGUCAUCAUUUGUCACUUUUGUUAUAGCUUGUUAUCCUUCCUCACUUACUAGGUUGUUCAUCUGAUGCAGCAAAACUAAAACUAUAUGCCCAAGUCUUCAAACACCAGCUGGGUAAGUGAAAACAGUUCUCUAUCCAUCCUGUGUUGAUAAGUGACCACUUGGCCCGUCAAUGUGCAGUGGUAAACAAGAUAAAAUGAAAAGAUAAACCUCUCUUGUUGAUACAUGUAGGUUUAAGAUGGUUUGUACAUUUCUAUAAUUAGAUUGCUCACAAUUUCCAUGUGUGACAUUUGAUGGGGGCCUCAUCCUCAUCAACUCUGGUGUGAGAGAAAGUGUGAGCUCAUGAUCCUAUUGAAUAGAAUUUGAGAUAUUUAGAAGUUACAGGUAUGAAUUUUUUUAUCUCCUUCUUCCUACCAGGACCAUAUCUGGCUUCACUAAAUCUAGAUAGACAUCUUUUGGAGUUGGAGAAGGGAGACAAAUCAGAUGAUAAAGGGCCUUCCAAGUUUGGAUCAGAUGUUGGCAUGGAUAGCACACCCAAACCUGGUAGUGCCAGGUAAUUGUUCAUACUUUUUGUCUCAUUUGUCAUCCUAGUAUUCUUUAGAAUAGUUUCAGGAUGAGCCAGUCCAUCCAAGAUGUAAAUUGUCAAAAUGUUUAGGUUAGAUCUUUGUCAAUUGAUGUUUUAAUUUAUUAUUUUAGUGCUGGCACUCCAAAUUCAGAGCAGGCUCCAUCAGCAUUUGGAGAAGAUGAAAGUGAACAGAACAGUGAGGACCCACCCACUGUUGUAGUUUAUAUUGUCAACCCCUUCAGUAACAGUUCCAGAGAGGAGAGUUUUCCUUCAUAUGUGGGGCUAUUGCGAUGCAUUGCUGACAUUUUGCCAGACCUAACAGAAUCCAACAAAAAGAAUGUUGUUUUUCAGGUAUUGUCCACAGUAUUGAUAUCUCUAUCUCUAUGUUCACACCAUAUUGGGUGUAGCCUGCUUAAGGGAUUCAGUUGUUAAAUAGGGUAUACUUGAAGCUUUAAAGUGAGUUGAAAAAGGAAGUGACAAAAAAAAUAGACAGGUUUUUUGAUGGUGUGUGAAAGACUGCCAGGAAGACUUUUCAAUAAAAAGGUGUUUCUGAGGUACUCGAGAUUGGUGUACUCUUUGAUUUUGGCAGUGAUUUUGAGUGGCAAAAAUAAUGAAAAGCCUGAGUUUAGGAAAUAUGGCAAUCAAUAAUUGGGUUGAGCUUGUCAUGUUGAGCCCCAGAUGGCAGCAAACAAGGCUGCAACAUCCUCUGAAACUUUUGGCACAUAGUUGCACUUUGGUAAGAGCAGAGAAGAGGGCCAGUUGCCGGGAAAGAUUCUUUGAAAAUCCUCCAACAGGUUUUUGAAAGAGCUUGAAUGAGUGUGAUGGAGAUAUUAACAAGUUGUUUUGCAGCAGGAAUCAGUAUAAUUUUCAUUUGCUCACCAGAUUCUUUGUUUUAUUCUAUAAUUAUUCUUGUCUUGUUAAUUGAUAAAUGUCAUAUUAACUUAUAACUUAUUAACUUUUUUCCCAGGUUGUCCCUAUCCAACAGAUUCUCCAGGUGGAUACCUUGAAUGGCAGUCGAGAUGCAACAUUGACAUUUGUGACACAGCUUAAGUGCUUGGCCUUCUCUGUGUUCUCUAGAUGCCGGAAGAGCCUGCAGUUGAAUAUAAAUGCUAAAUCUUUGACAGGAUUUGGGCCUGCUGCAAGGCAUGAGGCUCUAUUACGUCAGAGAGAGGUAAGGUUCAGUUUUCACCCAGGGUAGUAUUACAACAUAGUACCCUUUCUUAGUAAGCAGUCGAAUGAGGAGCAAGGAUGGGUGGUGGUGUGAGCACAAACCUGCUGCUGUGACCUGGGUUCAAUUCCCAAACCUGGUGUUGCACCUGGGUGGAGUUUGUUUGUUUGUUGAUGAUUUUCCUCCUUGUUCAGAGGGUUUUCUCCAGGUUCCAUAGUUUUCCUCCCUACAAGAAAACCAUGUUUUUUGCUGCAUGGCUGGUUUAGCUCUGAACAGCAACAUCAGAUAGUAUGAGUUUGAAAUCCUCACUGAACACUCUAAUUCUCCACCUCAAGCUUGUGAGCAAUGUGCAUUAUCUUUCUUUAUUUGACACGCAAGCUUAUCGUUUUUUUUUUCUUACCUUAUUUCUAAUCAAAAUAAUACAUUGUGUCUUCAACAGUUUUUUUUUUUGUGUGUUACAGAUGGAGAAUGCAAAAGUGUAUGCUGCACCAUAUGUCCUCUGCCAUCCCAUACCUAUGCCACCCAGUGACUCUGCAGAUGAGAAUGCAACAAGUUUGCAAGCACUUGCGCAAAAUGCCUCAGUGUUAUACUGUGGUUACUGUCUCUCCCAUGAUGACAACUAUCUCCUUGCUGUCUGUACUGAUAGUGUUGGAGAACUCAUAGAAUCAUGUGUCAUAACAGUUGAAAAAUGCCUGAGACCUGAUGGAAGGCCACGCAAGACUCCUGCACGUACAAAGGCACUUAUCAAGUUGUGGGAAUUCUGUCAAGGUGUUGUUGCAACAUCCCUUGUGCCGUGGAGGUUGGUGGUCAGUAAGCUUGGAAGGAUUGGACCUGAAGAACUGAAGGGUGAGAACAUCCUUAAGGAGCCUUGUUAAUUUUAUACAAUGGAAUUUGACUGGGUUAUGUUAGCCUUUUGACCCCAAAGAGUGACAAGCAUCUAAUUUCUCCUUAAAAUGUCACCCCUGAAUCACAUAUUAAGGUUGCAAGAAUAAAUUAAAUUAUCAUCAUCUAGAGAAGCCCUUUAUUGUGAAACAAAUUCUCCUUCUUAGCACCUGAGGAAACUUGUAGAGAACAGUAUGAGGAAUAUGCACACUGAUGUUAGGGAGUAAAAGUUUACAUAGUAAUAGUUCAUUGCAUCAGACUAAUACACAUGCUUUCCUUGUUUAUGAUUUAAUAUAUUUGUUUGUACAACUCUGCGGUUUAAAAAAAUUAUGCCAAUGCUAACAGCAAAAUAUUAAUCAUAAGGGUGAACCUGCCCACAAAUUGUGACUGGUUAGAAAAGUUGACAUCAGAGUAUGUUGAGGCUUGUGAUACUGCAUGAAUCUUACAGAAUUUUUUUUUUUGCUUUGUUUUGUUUUUUUGUGUGUGUGUGUGUGAAUAGACUGGAAGGAAAUACUGAGUAAGACGUCUGUUAUGGCUGGGGACCAGAAGUUUAAUGACACCUGCAAAGCUUGUUUCUCUCUGAAACAGAAAAAUCGCCCUGCAAUUCUUGGAACCAGUCUCACAUCAUUGGAACCUGAACCCUCAAUCAGGCUUUACAUGGCAAGAGGUAGGUACUACACUAAGUGCAACUUGAACCUACAGUGAUUCCCAAUAUUUUCUGGAUACAUCACAUCUAAAACUGUUUGAGAGUUCUAUUUAUCAUAUUACUCUCAAGAUCUCAGAGCCAGUUCUCCAUUGUGAUCAUCCAACAAUACUUUGUUAGCUGGUGUGGAGAAUGUGCUGCAGGAUUUAAAUCCCUUAGUUGAUGAUUUUCUCAAUUUUUAUCACCUUUGUGCUUUACAGCAUAUUGACUCACUGACCUGUAGUACCCAGAUAAGAUAAAGUUAUGAGCCAUUUGUUUCUCUUUCCUAUCAGCCUUACCAAAAGUUAAUGUCCUGUUUGAAGGCAAUAGCAGUACACGUGUGUCGGUUGGUGCUGUUCCCAAACCAGAUGUAUCACGAACAUACAUUGCAGUAAUGCCAGUUGCUUCUCUGAAAUGCACCAUGGGAAACCAAUCCAGUGCUAAAAUGCAUGCUCUACCAGAAACUACCACGGAAACAGUUGUAACAGACACUGACAUUUUGUUGGCUGGUGUUGAUGAUGACGAGAAUGAUCAGGAUCCUUUACGUCACUUGUUUCCAUUGUUGAACUCAUCACCACCUAGUCUGUCACCAACUGGCUGUAUUCUGCCGUCUCCCCUGGACACCUCACCAAUUCAGGGGACAUCCCCCUUGACACGUCCAGCAACGCUAACAGCAUCCCCUGGAGUGUCUGUAUCGUCUCCAUUCCAACCAAUUUCAAGGCUGUCACCAUUUCAGCCCUUACACUCUACUCCAUCCCCAUCAACUGCAAAUGCGGCUACAAUAGAAGUUCAGGAGGAUGGAGAUGACAAACUAUCUGUCCCUUAUGCUCAGGGUUACAUUAUUUCAACUGUGCAAACUGGCAAGAUGCCAGGAACAUUUUGGGCAAGUUCAUCACACUCUGAAACUUGUGAUCCUGUUAUUCUGAAGGUAAUGUGAUUUGACAUGCUAUUUUUAAAGCCUUUAUUAGAGCCAUAGCUGGGUUCGCAAAGCGGUUUUCUUUUGCAAAAAUGAAAAUUCAGCUUUAUCGGAGCACACAUGCCUAACUAACCAUACAAUUGGGUGAGGUAAAUCUGAAAUUAUCACCACUAAUCAGCGUUACCACCAUCACUUUUGUGUGGAAGCUUGGCAUAUUAACUCCACCCACACUCCUUUAAAUUGUGAUGAUGGCGGCUUACUUCCUGACACCUAUUUACACCUCGUCAGAAAAAAGGCAGCUAAUUAAUGAUUGUAUAAAAGGACUUCUUGUUACAGCGUUUAGAUCACCCCUGAUGAGGGCACUAGACAGGAGUGUCAAAUUGUUGGGUCUAUGAAUGGUAACUUCUUUGGUUACAUUCAUUAAAUCUGUAAACCAGAGUGGCAUCAAACCAUGUCUGAACUUUUUCUUCAAACUUUUGGAAUGCUUGAAUUUAUAACGUCAUGUAGCUUCUAAAAUAAGUUUACCAGGUAAAAUUUCUUGAUGACGUCCUGUAAUGCUGGCUCCCUUGUAUGUUUUAGGCCUCUCUUCAUAUACAUAACCCAGACUUGAUGGAGGGAAUGAAUGGUUUUGUCACUGCAUGGCAUCCCCUUGCCACAAAGUCACACUGUCAUGUGUUAAGGUUGGUACUGCUGUUUUACUGUUUUGACUAAUAUUGUAUGAUGCACUGUGUGUCACAAGUUAUAAAGGAUUGCAUUGGUUUUGCUUCACCACACAAUGUGAGUAGUGUAGAAAUUUCACAUCACCCUCCAGUGCUACAAACUCAAGGAUUUUCAAAGUUGUCCUUGGGACAAAAAAUAUGAAAAUGGCUGUCAACAGUUAAACUUUUGUCAACAUUAUGGGGCAAUGGUUUUUUGAAUCUUGAUUUGACAUCUCAAGACUAAACACUUGCACAACUUAGGAAAAAGAGGCAACAGUAGAGAAUAUACUAUGAAAAUGUUUAUUUCACUGUGAGUCUUAGCCUUAAACAUUUAACAAAUGAAAAUACCACAGCUUACUACCUAACUAUCAAGCACAGGUCACCAAUUUGGCCAGUUUUGAUGAAUAUUAGGCCACUGAAAAUGUGCGACUUGCCAUGACAACCAAAUGGUUGCUGCAUUGCUCUUUCAAGCAGUUGAAUGCAACAAUCACAACAAUUGCCACUUAGCCACAGGUACCUUUAAUUCGUUAACACUUUCAAAAAUAAUUUGCUUGUUUGUUUUUUUGCAUUUUCAGGUCAAUCCUACAGACCUAUGAUGCUCUGUCAUGGUUAACUGUGGACCCUGUUAACCGAGACAGACGCUCAUGUUUACCAGUUCAUUUGUAUAUGCUAUGCCAACUUCAUGAGACGCUCACUCUCCUAUUGGAAAACCAGUCUUCUUAAUUUGUUUAGAGCCAAGCUCUCUGUAUCCACUGUGUAUUAGGUUUAUUUUAUAAGAUGGAUUUAAAUAACAGUGUAACAUUUUCAAGUCUCUUUAAGAGUAGAAAUCUUUGCUGUCACUGUAUUUUUUUUCCCAGUGUUGGUCAAGAAAAUAUAUUAUUGUUUCUCAGUUUUCUAUGAAUGAUAAUUUUAAUGGAAUAAUUUAAUGAAACAGUGAAUAACCCUCCGAAGGACUGGAUUGUUUCAUGAUAAUGACUGCAUUUUAUUUGUUCACUAAAUAUGUCGUCGCAUUCAGUUUAUAAAGAACUACUCGCCAGACAUGAAGGUUUGAAUUUAUUAACUAUGAAGUACAAUAAUUUCAAUUUUUUGUAGAUACUUUCAUCAGCCAAUGAGAGGAGGCAUUUCUUAGCACUUGUUAUAUUCUAUUCUCAGGAAGCUCCAAUUUCCACAGUAAAGGUAGUUGUAUAUGAGAUAUUUAAGUGGCACUGUUGAUCAUCACAAGACACGUGAAAGUAUGGGCGGCAAUUGUUACCCCCCCUCCCCCCCCCCCACACACACACACACAAACACACACACACAAGAAGGAAAAUAAUUCCAUUAUUCAGGUAGAAAGAAACCUAAAAUAUAGUCAAUUCAAAAAUUAUACAGAAGCAAGGACAGAUGAGAAUGUGACAACUUGGUUGACAAUACAUUGGAGUUUGGAAUCAAUUUCUUAAAUAUUCUUGUCAGGCUUUCAAUGACAAGUUAUUAAUUUAAUACAAGUUAUUAAUUUGGUUUUAUAUUUAUUUCAUCCAUAACGAGAAUGCUUCCAUUGUUCAUUGCAUUUUGUAGCAACAGUUUAGUAAUCAUAGUGCUUCUUAAAUUUGUCAUUUUUCUGAUAAUUAACCCAUCAACUUCUAGACACGAUUUACUUGUAAAUUCUCCUCUCAGUAUCUUCACAUUACAAAGCAAAAGGUGAUGAGAAUUGACAAAUGAAUCAGUAACAGGAAGUUGCUCUGAUACAACUUUUAUUUCUGGCAACUAAGUUGUAGGGAAAUGGAAAUUGGUGUGAGAAAGUGUGCAUGUAUUUAUUUGAGUAUGACUCUGCUAAAAGUAAGUCUGGUGUAUUUCUGAGUGUUCAUCAAGCACUUUUUUUUUCCUUUUGAAUUCAUAAAUGUGCCUAAUGGCAGCAUAAGCUAGAAAAGGGUCUGAGUGUAUUUUACAUUGCAGGAAUUUUAUAUCACUUGGACAGAGAAUUUAAUAAGAGGUGGUAUUUGGUUGUAAAUCAUUAAUCCAGAAAUAAGAAAAUGACUAUGAACAGAUAUUUAUCCUAAAAUUAGUUUAAAAUUAAGUCAUGGUGCAGUCAAAAUUAGUUUUGUAAAACAAUUUUAGGUUAAAUUCUCACUGUAGCACUUUGAUUUUCAUAUUAUUUUGAAUAGUACCUUUUUUGUUGUCACAUUUGUAAGAAGUCUUCACCAACUCAUUACAAGAAGAACGUUUUCCUUGAACCAGGAGCAUUCUAGAAUAGAAUUGAAAGGUAUUUUGAAAUAGAAGACAGAUGACUUGUCAUGUUCAUUUGGCUGUACAAUAAAGUGAACCUGCAAGUGAGUUGGUGUUCCUGUUGACUUGACGGAAUGAUUGGUACUGGACUUGAUCAUGAAUUACAAACAAAUUUGAAAGACAGUUUACUACACCCAGGCAUUUAUUUAGCAUUGUAUUUAUCCAUGCCCGUAGAGUGUGGUAGCUGUCGUUUAUAAGCUAUUAUUAGUACAAAGUUUUGGACACAUUUAUCUUUGAAAAACAAUGAAAGACUUUCACAUCUGGCGCACAUCACUUUUAUGUUAAGCUCUUAUUUCCUAUUUGUAAGUUUAAUAAUAUUUUGGCCAAUUAUUUUUCUACCAUGCUCCUCCUGAUUUUUCUUAUUGGCGUGUUCUUAAAUUUCCGGUAAACACUGUUGUAUUUUAAUGACUUUAUGUUGCAGUAAUUCUUAAGCUACUUAGAGCUAAAUCAAGAAACCCUAACCCCCCAUAAUAAUGUGGAAGUGAGAUAUAUGAUAGAAAACCUUUAGUAGUUCAGCGUUGGAAAGAUUGCGAUCAUUUUUCAAAAUUGAUGGGGGAACCCAAGUGUAAUAGUUAUUCCCUUUAACAGUUUGAGAGAAGGUUGUCUGUAUUGAACAUUUUUCUUACCCGGCUUUGAGGAUUCCUUGUCAAAAAUUUCUGUAGUAGAUUCCUAACAAUGGGAGCAAAUUGAACAGUUCGCCUUUUUAUUUUUUGAAGAAAAUUGAUGAUCAAAACAAAAUGCUUAUUAUUCUUCUACCAGAACUUUUAAGUUACUCUGGAUUUGGUUAAUUUGAUCUUCCAACAUAUCUUGCCCAAUCCAAUCACAGAUUUUUAGGAAGGUCAGGCAACUGCAUUGUAAAUUUUACAAAAGUGUAAGGAUUUCCUCUGAGCCAGGUCAGAACUGAAGAUAGUAAGAUGUAGUUGGCUACUCCAACGGCUAAACUUUUUGACUUUUUCUCCAUAUUGUAUUUUCUCUUAACAAAUUAACAUUGCACACUGAUGGAACAAUAAGAAUAUCAAAUUUUAGAAGGCAGAUGAGGUAAAUUAAUUGGAAGCAUGGGGAGUUUUCAGAAAUUUGUCUUUUCCUUAAAUGCAUCAAUGGACUACUGCAUGACAAAUUCUGUUUAAGUAGUCAUGUUUUGGGUAAAACAAGGUCAGUGUUUCAGUUACAACUCCUUUGUCAUGCUCAAUAUUAUUAAACCCUCUUAUUGCCAAGAUUUAAAUUUCAAUUCUCCACACUUUCUCAAAAAUUUAUUUGUUUUUUCAUCACCUUUCUGCUUGAAUUCCAUUGAUACUCUAGGGAGAAAUUCAUUUGUGGUCACUCCUUGGAAUGGAAGGGUCUUAGAAGCAAUGCAGGAUGGCCAACUAAAAUAUUUAAGGAGUUGUGUUCACUAUGCAUCAAAAAUUGAAUUGGGUGAAAUUUGACUGAAGUCAUGACAGGUAGACAAGUUUGAGUAUUACACUUCAUGACUCUUAAUUAAAAUUAAUUUAAAAAAAACACCACUUGAUCUUAUGUAGACUUAUAUCCAUUAAAAACAGAGAGAUGCACAACUAUGGUAUUCUCUUCUGCAGUGAUAGGUUUUGUGAAACAAACCACUAAUUUUGAAUGAAACAGAAGCAAUACUUCAUUGUUGUCACUGUAGAGUAAAAGUACAGCAAAUUUUUGUAGAUAGGGAAUGUAGAUAAUAAUAAAUAAUGUUAUUAUCAUUAUCAAGAUGCUAUUUGUGAACAGACCAGAACUCUAAUGUUAUUGCCUCUGUUGCAUCUGCUCAUAACAUAUGAAACCAACAAAGUCUGUCAGACCAUGUAAAUAAUUUAUUAGACAGACUAACAAUGCAUAUUUUCUGAUAAUUUCUGGUAGAUUGGUAGACUUCGCUAUAUUUUUAUUUUCAGACCCUAUUUCAUAAGCAUUUAAUAGACAUUUUUAUUGUAAUAAAUACAUUAAACAUUAUAUUGUAAGACCCAGUCAUAGAAAAUAAAAUGAUAUUUACAUACGAAGUCAACUAUGUUGUCUCUCUUUUCUUUUUAAACAUUUGCCAAUGAAAUGGCAGUUUCUCAAUUUAUUCUCAGGAUACAAACUUUUCUUCACUCUACCUAAUUCAUAUUAAUGGAAAUGACUUAGUUGUUUUAUAAUAAUAAUAAUAAUAAUAAUAAUGACUUUAUUGGAUAACACAAUUACCGGUAAAACCAGUAGUUCUCAUUGUGGUCCAC